GAUGGCGGCGGAGGCGGCUGCUGCUCCCGGCGCCGUCCUCCUCUUCCUGCUCUCCCUGUCUCCACGACCCUCGUCUGCCUGGCUGCUCGGUCUCCGCCCGGAGGACACGGUGGGCGGUCGAGUGUCCCUUGAGGGAGGCACCCUGAGGGCUGCCGAGGGGACCCGCUUCACCCUGCGCCUCUACUUCCAGCCCCCGCUGUCGGCCCAGCAGCAGCAGCUGAAUCCUCAGCAGCCGAGCCCCGCGGGUAACGGCUCCAGCCCCCCGCCCAAAGUGGUGUUCAUCGAGGAGCCCAGGGCAGGAGGGGACCCGUGUGUGGACGAGGGGGCCUGGGCUUCGGACGUGGAGGUGCUCGGCCCUCUGCAGCCCUCCCCUCACGGAGGUUCGGCCCUGGUGGAAGUCAGAGUCCGGGAGCUGCGGAAAGGGGAGCGGGGCAAGCUCUUCUCCCUGUGCGCCUUUGACGGGCGGCACUGGGAGCACCAUGGAGGCGAGCACUUUGUGCUGGAGGUCCGGGAGGCCGCCGAGGCGAUGCCGGCCUGGCUGCGGGCGCUGGUGGCGCUGCUGCUGCUCGCCAUGUCCGCGCUCCUCAGCGGCCUCCGCCUCAGUCUGCUCUCCCUGGACCCGGUGGAGCUGCGGGUGCUGCAGAACAGCGGCUCCCCCGCGGAGAAGGAGCACGCCUGGAGGGUGCAGACGGUGCGGGCCCGGGGCGCCUACCUGCUGUGUACCCUGCUGCUGGGCAACGCUCUGGCCAACGCCUCCCUGGCCGGCUGGCUGUGCUCGUCCCUCCCCGCGGAGCCCUGGCUGGCCGUGCUGCUGUGCACCGCCUGCGUCUUUCUGUGCGGGGAGGUGGCGCCCUACUCGGUGUGCUCCCGGCACGGCCUGGCCAUCGCCUCCCGCACCCUGUGCCUCACCCGUCUGCUGAUGGCCGUCACCUUCCCGGUGUCCUACCCGCUGAGCCGCCUGCUGGACUGGGCCCUGCGCCAGGAGAUCAGCACCUUCUACACCCGCGAGAAGCUGCUGGAGAUGCUGCGGGCGGCCGAUCCCUACAACGACCUGGUGAAGGAGGAGCUGAACAUCAUCCAGGGCGCCCUGGAGCUCCGCACCAAGGUGGUGGAGGACGUGCUCACCCCGCUGGGGGACUGCUUCAUGCUGCGCUCGGACGCCGUGCUCGACUUCAGCACCGUGUCCGAGAUCCUGCGCAGCGGCUACACCCGCAUCCCGGUCUACGAGGGCGACGAGCGGGCCAACAUCGUGGACAUCCUGUUCGUCAAGGACCUGGCGUUCGUGGACCCCGAUGACUGCACCCCGCUGCAGACCGUCACCCGCUUCUACCACCGCCCGCUGCACUGCGUCUUCAAUGACACCCGGCUGGACGCGGUGCUGGAGGAGUUCAAGAAGGGUAAAUCUCACCUGGCCAUCGUACAGCGGGUCAAUAACGAAGGGGAAGGCGAUCCGUUUUAUGAAGUGAUGGGAAUUGUUACCCUAGAAGAUAUCAUAGAAGAGAUUAUAAAGUCAGAGAUCCUAGACGAGACCGAUCUGUACACUGAUAAUAGAAAGAAGGAAAGAAUUCCCCACCGGGAGAGGAAACAACAUGACUUCUCCCUCUUCAAGCUGUCCGACAGUGAGAUGAAGGUAAAGAUUUCUCCUCAGCUUCUUCUGGCUACACAUCGAUUCAUGGCUACAGAGAUCGAGCCUUUCAAAGCUCCUUUCCUGUCAGAGAAGAUUCUGCUACGGCUCCUAAAACAUCCAAAUGUCAUCCAAGAGCUGAAGUUUGAUGAUAAAAACAAAAGGUCUUCAGAACAUUAUCUCUAUCAGCGCAAUAAACCGGUCGACUAUUUUAUUUUAAUCCUCCAGGGUAAAGUGGAAGUUGAAGUUGGUAAAGAGGGAUUGCGGUUUGAGAACGGAGCUUUCACCUACUAUGGCGUUCCUGCUAUACUGACCACCGUGUCCUCCGACAAUGAUGUGAGAAAAGUUGGAAGUUUAGCUGGUUCCUCCUUUCUCUUACCUGUGUCCGUAUCUCGUACCUUCGCUUUCAGCAGAGGGGAAUCAUUGGCUGGCUCCCCAGUAAACAGAUCCCCUUCUCGCUGCAGUGGUUUGAACCGUUCUGAAUCCCCUAACAGAGAACGUAACGAUUAUGGGGGCAGCAACAACCAGUUAAGCAACAGCAACAACAACCUCUACAUCCCCGAUUACUCCGUCCACAUCCUGUGCGAUGUCCAGUUCAUCAAGAUUACAAGGCAGCAGUAUCAGAACGCCUUGGCCGCCAGCCGUAUGGACAACUCUCCACAGUCCCCAGAAAUAGAAGUAUUCAGUGAUGGGGAGUCCACAAAAGUCACAAAGUAUCACAGAACGUCGGAAUCUCCGAAAGACGACACCAUGAGCACAUUAGUGAGCGACAGAAACUGCAACUUGGCCAGCAGCAGAUCAGAUGUUCUGAAAAGUCCUAAUGACUCUGUGUUCUUGCACAUGGAUGACAUCCCCCAGAUAAGAGAGGAGCUCGCAGACAUUUACAACUACACAACAAAUCCCGAUUCUUGCUGUGUCGUCGUGGAACUGGAGCAUUCCAGCGGAGAGAUUAUUUCCAGUUCAGCAGUGAACAGCAGCGAGGAGACACUUGGCAAGAAGUUAUUGAGGACACUGAGUGGCAAAACAAGGAAAAAAUCCAGAGAUGCGGAUAAAAGUCCUGAAGAAAGUUCAGUUUUGCACCUAAUAACAUGAAGGCAAAUCCAUGUAAUCCUUGUGACAGAUGUGAUCGCGGGAUUAUUGAUGGGAGUUUCACAAGUUCCUCCUUGUUUGCUAAGCCUUUGCACUUUUCUUUUUCUGAGCACACCUUUUCUACACAUAUACUGUCUGAUUGUGCAGCUCCAGAAAAGGUCUGGGAUGAAACAAGUACAAAAUGUAGAAUGUCAUAAAGAAUAGCUCUGUGGGAAAUGACCAAUUCAUUACCUAGAAGCAGCACAAUCUAUAGUGUCCUUUUAGUUAUAAUUAAGGGCUCAUGCACACGGCCAUGUCCAUAUUGCGGCCCGCAAGCACUUGAUUGGGUCCGCAAUCCGGAAGAUGUGGUGUGGAAAGGAGGCACGGAACCCUACCGAAGCACUACGGAGUGCUUCCGUGUGGUUUCCCUCCGUGCCUCCGCACAGCAAAAAAAUAGAACAUGUUGUCCGUGCAUUGGGGACCGAUGCACGGAAUGGCCGAUCAAUGGCUGUGUGCAUGAGCCCUAAUAGUGACCUGUUUCUGUUUUUUAAAUAUUUUAUAUUGGAGGAGGCCGAGGGCGAUGAUUCCCCAAAUGUCUUGCUCAACGCCCAAGAAAAAAACAGAGUCCUGGAGCUACUUAUGAUGCGAAUAUCCAGUAGCUCCAGGACUCUUCUAGGACUCCUGCUCAAAUCCGUGGCCCUGUUAAAGCUCUGAGCAGGAGCUGCAGAUUUAGUCCCAAAGACAGAAUGAAAUCUCAACCUGAGAGACCCCUGCUUGUUUAUUCUUAUGGGAGACAGCAAUGACCAGUCGAUUUUUAAUAAUCAUUUUUAUCAUUUUCUAGUUAAACCUAAGCUACUAUUCACUACCAAAACUCCUUGCAUCAGUCUAUAGAGGACAUGAUUACAGUCUGUAGAGGACCUGCUGCCCGGCAUGUAAUGUAGUCAAUGUUCCUAGCUAGUCACGUGUCCUCCAUAGACGGUAAAGUGUUUAGAAACUACAGUCGCUGAAUGCAGUACAACAACAAAAAAUCACACAUUCAAACUGAAUGUGUGAUACUUAACCUUAAGACACUGUGUCGUUUUUAUGUCCAACAUUCUGUGCUGAUAAAUUCCAGAUUCAUUUUCUGAUACAGGGAUCCAAGCCAUCUUCCCUUCACAUAGUAAUUCAGUACAAUUCAGGUUACCUGAAGCCACCACUAGAACGUAAGUUGUAUGCAGCAUGCUCCUAAGCUCCCCCUAGUGGCGACAGCGGGUAGACAGAACUUUAAAGGGAACCUGUUACCGGGA